UUGUCUUGGUGUUAAUACCUUGGGGGGGGGGGGGGGGGGGCAAGCUUCAGGGAAGACCACCUCUGGCUUUGCCGCCCCGGUCAGAACUACAAUUCCCAGGGACCCCAACACAGCUUGUCUGUGGUUUUUGCGUGCGACUGGCGCAGUGCCUACUGGGAAAUGUAGUUGAAGUGGUCUCGGCGUGAGACUUUGCAUCUUUCCCGAAAUACCACGACUUGUAUCUCUGCACGCCCCUCAACUUUUGAGACUUGGUGGAGGCUUUCCAAGACUAUAAACCGGGGAGGACUCUAGGCUUUAGUCCUCUGCUGCGGUCUCUUGAAGAUGUCUAGUGUCUGGCGUAUUAGCUCAGACACCGUCACUGCACUUGUCCUCACGUUCACUUCACAAGGCUAGUACUCCAAGUGAAGAAAAGGGAGGGGUCACCUUCCAGAAAGUCUGGGGCUUUAGGGUCUUAUCCGAGAUCCCAGGUUCGGUGCCAGGAUCCAGAAACCACCCCUGCCCCCUAGCCGGUCUGCCCCCACCGUGGGAACGGAGACCAGCUGGCCGGAAGCGCCAAACUGCGUCCCUGUCCUAGCCCUAGGGAUCAAUCAGGCCGAGGAGUUAAUUAUGUAAUGAGGGGGUAGGGGGUCGGGACUAGUGAAGCCGCGAGGGAGAGGGGAGGGUACCCAGGUAUCCGGCCUCCUCUUGGACCCCUUCGAGGCCCCAGGGGUCUCCAUUCCAACCCACCUCCAGGGCCCCAAGGAGGGGAGGGGCUGUGAUCUCUGGUUUGGAAAGGGCUGUGCUGUGAGCUAUAAAAAGGGGGCAUCUUAGACCCCGGGUUCUAGCAACGGGACACAAGGCCAGAAGAAACUACAACAUGUACCAUCCACGAGAGUUAUACCCCUCUCUGGGGACUGGCUACCGUCUGGGACACCCCCAGCCUGGGGCAGACUCAACCUUCCCACCUGCCCUGACAGAGGGCUACCGCUACCCUGAUUUGGAUACUUCUAAACUGGAUUGCUUCCUCUCUGGGAUUGAGGCAGCUCCCCACACUCUGGCUGCACCCCCUCCUUUGCCCCUUCUCCCAUCUGCUCUGGGCCCUGAGACAGCACCGCCACCCCCAGAGGCCCUUCACUCGCUUCCUGGGGUCAGCCUGAGCUUGGAGAACCAGGAACUGUGGAAGGAAUUCAGCGCUGUGGGAACAGAGAUGAUCAUCACCAAGGCUGGCAGGCGUAUGUUCCCUGCUUGCCGAGUAUCAGUCACAGGCCUGGACCCGGAGGCCCGGUACUUGUUCCUUCUGGAUGUGGUUCCAGUGGAUGGGGCCCGAUACCGCUGGCAGGGCCAGCACUGGGAGCCCAGUGGCAAGGCUGAGCCCCGCCUACCCGACCGUGUCUACAUUCACCCUGAUUCUCCUGCCACUGGUGCCCACUGGAUGCGGCAGCCCGUAUCCUUCCACCGUGUUAAGCUCACCAACAGCACGCUGGACCCCCAUGGCCACCUGAUCUUGCAUUCCAUGCACAAGUACCAGCCUCGCAUUCACCUGGUGAGAGCCACCCAACUCUGCAGCCAACACUGGGGGGGUGUGGCCUCCUUCCGAUUUCCUGAGACCACAUUCAUCUCAGUGACAGCCUACCAGAACCCUAGGAUCACACAGCUGAAGAUCGCAGCCAAUCCCUUUGCCAAAGGUUUCCGAGAAAAUGGCAGAAACUGUAAGAGGGAGCGGGAUGCCCGUGUGAAGAGGAAACUCCGGGGCCCAGAGCCAGUGGCCACAGAGGCCUGUGGGAGUGGGGGUGAGUGCUGUCCUGGUGGCAUGGGGCCAAACCUGAGAAAAGGAGCCUCCCCUAGCCAACCUGUGCUUUCUGUCUCUUCAGAUACACCAGGGGGUCCCUGUGACUCCACCCUGGGUGGGGAUAUUCGAGAUUCAGAUCCAGAGCCGGCUCCUACCCCCCAGGAAGCUGCUUCUGCCUCAGCUCCUCCAUGUGGGGGCCCCAGUGCUGAGGCCUACCUCCUGCACCCUGCAGCUUUUCAUGGGGCCCCCAGUCAUCUACCAGCCAGGACCCCCAGCUUCCCUGAGGCUCCAGACCCUGGGCGCCCAGCCCCCUACUCAGCUGCAUUCCUGGAGCUACAGCCUGGACCGGGGAGCUCUGCUUAUCAAACGACCCCAUCUGUAACACCCUUUGCCCCUCACUUUAUUCAAGGGGCCCCCUUCCCUCUACCAUACCCAGGACCUGGAGGAUAUCUGGACAUGGGAUCCAAGCAAAUGUACUGAGCCAUGGUGUAGUAAGCCAAGCCAAGGCCUAUGCCAGCUUCCCUUGAUCCUCCAGCUCCCUUCCCCCUGCCUGGUAGCAUCCGCAUUGAAGUGGUACCCCCUCCCCCCCACCAAAUGGCUGGCUUGGGCCUCUCUUCUACCCUUUAGUUCACACCUUGAUUUCACUCCACCCCCUCUGGCUUCAAAGCUCAGGCAAGGCGGCUCUGAGUCCAGCUGGGGCCAGCUUCCCCUCAGCUCUCACCUCAGUGCGAAUGGAGGGAGACUCUGCCUGGCCAAAUGGGGCCCCAGCCCAGUACCCUACCUCCUGGGGGCCUCCUCAUCACUAGUGUAAGCCACGCCAAUUUGUUCUCAGGAUCAGAGUAUUUUUGUUAAUAAAACUCCAAAGACAUUAGGAAACUUGAGCUAAUGGUGUUGGCCCUGGGUGGGGCUGGAGGAGCCACAGCUUUAAGGUCCAGAUGCUUCUUGGCCUUGUGGAUAGGAUAGAGCCUGCUCUGGGCAUGUCCCCCUUCAAGAUGGGUAAGUUUCCUCACAAUGGUUGCUGCUUUAAGAAUCAAGGCCGUCCAGGAACCCAGAUUUUACCCAGCACUAAGGAAGCCUUUGGGAAAGAUUAGUGAAUGGAGCCAGAAGGCUCCGGGAUCAGUGGACAAACAGAUAAGUCUCUAUGUCCACCCCAAUCAAACCUGACAGAAACCCUAAGACUAUUUUUCUUCUUUUAUUAGAAUUUUUUUCUUUUUUUCUCAAAAUGUUUUAUCUAAAAACAAAAAACAAAAAAAAAAAAAAAAAAGAAAGAAAGAAAGAAAAAAGAAAAAGGAAAAAAGAAAAACAAAAUGACUGGAAACUUCAUGGAUCAAGUGGGAGGAAGGAGAGGAAGCCAGGAGCUAAGGCUCCAACCUCUCCAGAGCAAGUCCGCACCCUGGGGGCAAGCAAAGCCAGGCAGCCCCUCAUACCCAGCCUCCGACUGGGCAGAGGGCAGUCACAGUGGUCCAAGGGCCAGAGGGGCUGGGGCCAAGGAGUCACAGGAAAUAGUCAGCCACUGGCUUUUUGGAGGGGAUGCCACGUGUCUCUUGGGGUGCAGCC